AGACAAUGUACAAAUCCAGGCUAAAUGACGAAGGCUCAACGCCAACGAAGGACACGCCUGAGGAAAGCGUCAUCAGCCAUAACUGUAAUUUAGCCGAUGAGAAGAACGUGAAGCCGUGGUGCGCGAGCUCUCCCCAGGAUCAAGACGGUGGUGCCGCUAUAAAAGAUCAGCCUCUCCUUUCGCCUAAAAGAACUACCAGGCGCGAUCCAGACAAAAAGCCGCCUGAUUCACCGAGGGAUCAGUCUGUUGUACCAUCAGCUAGAAACAGGCGAUUUGUCGACACCAGCAGGUCUCCCGAGUCGAGAAAAAGUACACGUGAGCCAUCUCCGUACGCGGAAAAAAAAUUCGCAACGGACAUGAGCACAUUGCUGGAGACACAUAACGAAGAGGACGAAGUCAAAUCCGACUGUGAGGUAGCUGAUGCCAAGCUUCCAGUUGCAUAUAAACCAACAUGUACUUCUCCGCAGGCGAAAAAGCCUACGGGACUCUCACCCGUAAAGCCUACGGGACUCUCGCCCGUAAAGCCUACGGGACUUUCGCCCCUUUUCGUUACUAAGCAAAGUGAGACUUCGCAUAAACAGGAAACCAGCAAUUUACAAAAAAUUGAAAGUCCCGAUAGGAACGUUAAAAAUAGGGCCGUGGGCGUUAAACAUGUCCAAAAUAAAUUAUCGGCAGAUAGCUACGAUAGGCACACACAUGAUGGUGGCAAAUUUGCCGUGGAAAGCCGUGUGCAAAAUAAAGGCAAUGAGGAUAAGCAUCAAAUAGAUACAAAGACCACUGUUAAUCAAAGGCAUUCAACGCCGCCCGCCAUCAAAGAGACUUUGGAUAAACAAGAAAGCGUAGAACCUGCUCAGCAUAAACAUAACAAUGAUGAGGCGAAACAAGUGCGUGGUGAUAAGCCAUUGCCCAGGGAAAACAAACUUCAAAAUAUUCAAACAACUGCAAACAUGAAAGAGGUUAAUGAAGAUAAACUUCACCAAAAAUCACUAAAAGCUUCAACAGAUUCUAAACCGAAAGGAAGUAAGGGCAAAGUGACAGAAGAUAUACUUGAGCACAGGAUGUCUAAAAAGUGUACACCUGAACCAAAUGAAGGAGAAUCCUUUGAAAAUUCCGUCGGCGACGACAAGACCUUACCGUCUGACGAAAACUCCGAUAAACACGCCCAGGAGAACUCGUUUAACCUACACAGUGAGGAGGAAUCCGACAGGACAUUGUGUGAAACUGCUGUAUCGGAGAAAAUGUUUCACGGCAACCGCAACGUCGCAUCGGAAGACCAGAAGGGAGUCAUCGAAAACUCCAUGAACACUGACGCGGCGUGCAAUGCCGAUAAGACGUCUUCGACGGUUGAAGGGGACAAGAAUUCGGUCGACGAUAACUUGACGAGAACAGCGAUGAACAGGAACAGCAGCAAAGAAGAAUUAGCUGAGGAGACGGGUGAUGUCAAGGACUUACGGGCUUCUGCUGACAAAAAGUGCGAAACAGGUGCCGCGCACAAAGGUCAGCUUCUCCGGGAGAUCAAAGAACAGGACAAGUGCGGGGCAUUCUUCUGCGGUGCCGAGGCAAGCGAAGUGGAUUCCAGCAAAGGCAUCGAUGAACUGAUGGAAAGUGAGAUUAAAAUGGUGGCGAGCGGUGGGGAUGGAGAGGCGCCUUUAUGUCUAAAACAAGUUGAUAAGGCUUCUGGCGUGGCGGCACAGGACACCCAUGACGUCGGCACCGAGAUGUCCCAGCUGUCUGAGUGCAGAUAUGCCCGGGGUAAGAAGGUUGAAUCGAUUAGCCAAAAGAGGGUUGAGAAAGGUUGUGACGCGUAUAGUAGAGCGGAAGAUGGAGCCAAUACAGAUAAAGUCACGAAAGAACCGGGUAAGAGCAUGGGUGAGCCGGGUAAGAGCACAGAUGAACCGGAUAAGAACACAGGUGAACCGGAUAAGAACACAGGUGAACCGGGUAAGAGCACAGGUGAACCAGGUAAGAGCACGGGUGAACCGGGUAAGAGCACAGGUGAACCGGAAGCGCUGCUUUCCUCGAGCGAAAAAAACACGGCAUCAAGACAAACCAUCCAUCUGAAGACCGCCAGCCCCACCAGCCCCACCAAAGGUUACAGUUACAACAAGCCCGAUUCCCCAACCUCCAACUUAAGCAGUCACAGAAACCAACUGCUGAAUCAACUGAGUGGAUCAAAGAACCAGCCUCAGAAACCCGUUGCGGACAGAAAGCCAAGUCCAAACUUACCCGAUCCCACCAACACGUUUUUGAACAUCACCAAAUCGAGGAGCAAAACUUUGAACCAGGUAGACUUCCGAAACGCAGGAGAUGAUACAGCGGUGACCAAAAUACAAUCGAUGAACUUCAAUGAUCCGACAAAACAGUCUUGGAAUCUCAAAGUCUCCCAGAACCAGACCCUAAACCUCGUCCUUCCCAAGAAUAAACCGUUCAACUUGGUUGAUCCUUUAAACCAACCUCUAGACCUAAGUGACCUGAGGAACCUGCCUCUGGAUCUGAGUGGUCGCCAGUACCAAGUGCUGGACCUCAGUCACCCCAGGUCCCACCAGGUGACGCGCAAGGACUCCAUCUAUGAGGCGUUAGACCUCAGCGAUCCCAGAAAACAUAAAUUAAACCCAACCGGAUCCAUGUACAAGCUGUACAACCAAGUGGAACCAAUGAACCUGACUUUGAGACAGAAUGACUCCAAAAAACAAACACUUAAUCUGAUUGAACACAGACAACCGAUCAAUACGCACGAACCCAGGAAUAAAACUUUCAAUUUAAAUGAUCCCAGAAACCAAGCCUUUAAUCUUCAAAGUCAUGGAAACCAAUUUAUGAGCCAAAACGAACAGAGAAUACAAACUUUUAACUUCAACGUUCCCAAUAACCAAAUCUUUGCCCCGAACGAACUCAGGGACCCCAAUUUGAAUGAUCCCCGAUACCAAGGCUUUUACCAGACGGCUCCAAGGCAUCCGAUCUCUAAUUUAACCGAUGUGAGGAGUGGGGACACUAGGACGGUAGUGAGCCAUAUCAAUCCCAUGAUGCCCGUGGGGCAGGCGAACAUAUUUCAAAGCACAGAACGGUUGCCAUCUUCCAAUUUAGCAAACUCGAUCAACGCCCC